UAUACCAUGGGGCGUCUAACAACUGCGAUUCCACGGACGUCGAAUAUUCGUGAAUGCAUCGAACCGACUCAAGGCUGCGACGCUCAUGUGUCCGUACUUCCGGCUAACGUUGAUGAUGUUUUACAAACGCAGUUCGAUCGGUCACAAGUCUACUUAUAUGAGAUAGACACCCUACUUUUUCCUUCUAGACGACCGAGACAAGUUUGCCCUUUGGGAGUGCUCACUUUUACAGUAGACGAGGAAUCGAUUCCAACGUCUUCCAAACCGGAAAAAGAAUCAGUACAAACUGCAAUCACCCCUUCCGGUCGACAAAUAACGCCGCUCAUGUGCGCAGUUAGACCAACACCAACUCCCCUCAUCCUUAAUUAUCCGCCUAUGGAACUAUUAGCGCCACCUACAGCCUUUUAUAACAGUCAGCUGCUACCCUCUAGCGUCUACACUGUAAGACCUGCAUACUCCCUUUUACCAAAAGUUGGUCUUUUAAACAACGUAACUAACAAUAGUAAUCCCUAUUUGCAAAAAUCCAACAGUAUUAUGUAAUAAUUAAAAGUUCUCUCUGUAUACAAGUAUAUACUAUAUAUAUAUUAUAUACAUAUAUAUAUAUAUAUAUUUAUAUUAUAUUUUUACUAUCCUACAUACUUAAAGAUGUAGUAUAAAUAUAUUGACCAAAGUAAUACAAUUUCGAAAUAUAACAAAUUAGUAAACAAUUAUUAUUAUAAUAAACAUAAAAGAAAGAGUAGUUGUGUCUCUUUUUCUUCAUUUAUAUUUUUUCUACGUCCCUUAGGGGAAUUAGAUUAUCAAUUUCCGUCAUCAAUCCUAUAAACAAGUUAUUGUGGCACUUGUUCAACCUCUUUAAAAGAGCAUGCUCUGCCUUCUUUGCUUGUUACCUAUUGGGGAAUUGAUUUGUUUUAUUGAAUUUAUUGGAUUUUUCUUUACUCGAAAAUAUCCGAUUGGAUUUCGAGUGAUUGCUUUUUUACUUACCGGCUGCAGUGGGUAUAUU